UGUAUGAGAUGUAACAGAUACACCGUAACAAGGCAGAGCGCGCCGAGCAGUGAUAAUCUCUUGUUUGGUUUGUGUGUGUCGCUGCUCCUCGGCUCCCCUUUUGGCUCAGAGACGCCUGACAUUAUUGGACGUCGUCACCCCAUGUCCAAAAGUGUCCCGGGCGCUGAUUGGCCCGCUGCGCUUUGGAUGUUAUUCAUGCGCCUCCGGUUGGAGUGUGUGUAUGAGUGUGAGUGUGUGUGCGCGCGUAGUAAUGUGAUGUGAGGACUUUGUGAAGAUCCGACUGUCAUACAGCGGUGAAAAGCUCGAGCUGUGAGAGGAGCAGCCAUCAUAGUGGUGGAGUCAGUCAGCGGCCAUGACGCGCUGGAGCGCCUUUACGCAGGCAGGAUGUCCACCGAAUAACUCCAGCAGGCUGCAGCAUUCCGGAGACAAAACCAACAUGUGUUAGUUUUAGUCCUCGUGCCACAUUUUGGAUACAAACGCAGGCGCACAAAUUGGAUUGAGAGCGCACGAGCCACGUUCUUCAGAGCAGCCGCGAUGGAGGAGCAGCGGGACCCGAACAGUUCGGACAGCAGCGAGGCAGAGAGCGUGUCCCCGGCCCCCAGCAUGCCCUCCCCGCCCAUCCUGCCGCUGCAGGUCGCACAGCAGGCCCACAGAACCACAAACUUCUUCAUCGACAACAUCCUGCGGCCGGACUUUGGCUGUAAGAAGGAGCUCGGCCUGGGCCCGCGGGAAAGGGCGCACACCUCCGGCCGGGAGCGCGUUCACCCGGCGGUCAGUAGGCCGAGCCUUCCCGGGACUCCGUGUCAGGACUCGAACUGCAGCACGGACAGCUCCUCCUCCUCUUCCUCCUCCUCCAGCACUUCUCGGACGAGUCCCAAAAAGAGCAGCGGCGGAGCAGCCGCCGCGACCGCCGGCUCCACCGGGAGCAGUGGAGUGAAAGCCGAGGAGAGGACGGGCGGCGGGGCCGGGGAGAACACCUCCUCCUCGCUGGUGGUGCUGAACGGCUCCGCGGCUCCCACACCGGAGAGCCAGCCGCUGCUGUGGCCCGCCUGGGUCUACUGCACCCGGUACUCGGACAGGCCUUCAUCUGGCCCAAGGACCCGGAAACUGAAAAAGUCGAAAAGCGGCAAAGAGGACAAGCGGCCGCGCACCGCGUUCACGGCGGAGCAGCUGCAGCGGCUGAAGACGGAGUUCCAGGUGAACCGGUACAUCACGGAGCAGCGGAGGCAGUCUCUGGCCCAGGAACUGAACCUGAACGAGUCCCAGAUCAAGAUCUGGUUCCAGAACAAGCGCGCCAAGAUCAAGAAGGCGAGCGGCUUCAAGAACGGUCUGGCGCUGCAGCUGAUGGCGCAGGGACUGUACAACCAUUCCACCACCACCAUCCAGGAGGACAAGGAGGACAGCGACUGAGGAGCGGCACGGCACGGCACGGAUACAGGACUCCUCCACACACUGUGUACUAUUGUAAAUAUAUGAUAUCUAAUUUAAUGACGGGGAGGGGGAGCAGAGUGGACCCCCUCCUCCUCUCCGCAGCAGACAGACAGACAGACAGACACACGGACUCACUGAGACUGAAUCUGCCGCCAAAAACCAAAGAAUUUCCCGGGAAACAGAGCCUGACACGUUCACAAACUGUAAAAACAGAAACAUCCCUCAUCGUGUUAAUUUCUGUUUCUGUGAGCUGAGAGUCAAACCCUCCACCUCAUCUUCCUCCACCUCCUCUUCCUCUCGCAGUGAGGAUCCGUCCAGCAGCGGAUGUUUCUGAUGUCUCUGGCACUUUCUCUCCUCCUUCACUUCUUCUCUGUGCUUCAGAAACACGACGAGAACAGCCUCUAGAUUUUCAUUGUAACCGUUCUGUCUUUCUUUUUGGACCAACAUGCCUCCUAAGAACUGAAAUACUCCUGCAGCACGCGCGCAUUCACACAAAUCAAAACCGUGCAAAAAAAAAAACUGAACAAAAGCACGUGCAGGAUGUUAAAGAAGCACGAGAGUCCUCACAGGAAUAUGAAAGAGACUCAUCAUACCAUAAACAUGAAUACUGACACGUCAAGAGAAACUGACCAAUGAGAGGAGAGUUUAUUUCACACGAUAAUGAAAUAAAAACCAGGAUAAAGGCCUAAACCUGCAGAAUAAAUGAAAGUUACAUAUCGGCAUUUUUAAGGUCAAUGAAUAUCAAAUUUAUGAAAAAUAAUCUGUCACUCACUAUGGAAGGAUUUCACAUAAAUUAAGAUAAAACUGACACGUAUAUUUUAACAUAUUGAAGUAAUUCAUUUUAAUCUGAAGGAAACUUUGAUUCGAUUCUAAAAUAACUGUUCAUCUUCAAGCCCACAUCAUAAAUAAGAAUCAUUUAGUAAAAGUAAAGCGUUUUUAAUUUAAUAUUUCAUGUGAUUUAAUCACUUCAACCUCGAGAUACACGUCAUGAUUAAUGUCAGAUUAUCUGUCGAUAAUUCGGUGAGAAAUGUUAGAAAACAUUUUUAAACGUGACCCUCAGACCCCUGACUCGUGUCAUGAAAAUGAAAUAAAAUCAAUCUUUAUUUAUCUUACAGUGCAUACAUGUUCCGGGUUUAUUGUCUUCUUAUUUCUGCACACAAACAUUUUUUUUUUUUUAAGUUUUAAGAUUUUCAGUUUUUCCAAAAUUAAUUUUAAGACAAAGUCAGUAAAUUUUCUCAUCAGAGACUAAAUUCAUAUUUCCCGUUAAACUUUGCGUUUAAAAAUUACAAUGUUUGAUUCCUUUAACCGAACAGUUAUCGAUUAUUUUCCACCGAUUGAUGAAACGAUAACUCGAGUGAUUGUGUCACCUUCUCAGACUUAUUCUAUAUUUUAUAAAAUGACGUUGUUAGAGAUUGAAAUCAUUUAUUUACCUCGUUAAGUUUCUUGAUUUGACUCGCUCUUCAUUCUGCUCUCGCACUCCUUUAUUACGUUUAUAAAAUACACAAUAUGUGACACACACACGCACACACUGCAGGAGUAUUUCAGCUCUGUCAGGAGUCACACAAAUACAUAAAAUGUUCAAACAUCACGUCACACAGUCAGUGUCUGCGGCAGGUAAAGCUACGCGCACAUCCGACUGUCUGGAGGAGCGCGAGGGAUGA